AUGGAUUCUGCCGCGACGCGGGGUGUAGUGGCGGAGGAGUCCUCAGUAGACGCUGCGGCUACCGAGCCGGCGACCGGGGGACUGCAGGCUCUGGGCCGUUUCCUGUUCGGGGCGCGAACGGAAAGCGGCCGCACCGUUGCCGACGAUGCCGGCGACGCUGCUCCGGCGGCGGCGGCUACCGGUGUUGUCGCCGCAGAGGGGGAGGGGAAGCCGUCGGAGUCGGCGAGAGCGGCGCCGGCAUCGUCGGCUACAGGCGCUGUGUGCCUGAGGGAUUGUGGGGAGCCGGCGAAGGCAGAGGUGGUCGGCGACCAGGCCUUGGAGCUAGCGGCGGCGGUGGCGGUGGCGGCGGCGGAGGGCGGGUCGUUCUCUUCCUCUUCCACCUCAUCGACGGGGAACGUUAGCGCCGGGGCUGCGGCGGCGGCCGCGGCCGCGGCGACAGCGGAGUGCGCAGACGAAGCUGAUGACGCAGGCACCGACGCCGGUGUUGUUCUUGCUGCCGACGAUGCGGUGGAGGAGGAGGUGGUGUUGGCGGUUGUGCCCUCGUCCGAAGCAUCGGCCGCUGUUGUCGUCGUCGAUGACGGCGGUGUUGCAGCUGCCAUGGCGGCGGUGCCAACAGACGCCGCCGCCGCAGGCACCACCGUUGACGGUGAUGAUGUCAGCGCGGAGGAGGGUGGUGAUGUGCCUACCCCAACGUUGCCGGCCGUAGUAGAAUCGCCCGCGGUUGAUGCUAGCGAAGACCCACCACAACAGAGGGACGAGGAACGCGUCGAGAAGCAAGGUUCGCCAGCGCAACAAGCGGACUCCGCCACCGCUGACGUCACUAAGAGCUUCCCGGAUGGCGAUGUUGUCGUGCCCGAACCGGUUACGGCCGUCGUUGCGACCGGCGAAGAACCAACCACGACGGCCCCGAACACGCAAGAAGCCGGCACCAACGGCGGCGGCGGCGGCAGUAGCAAGCCCUCCGCUCUUCCGUCGUCCAGCGGCGGCGGCGGCGGUGGCGGCAACAUCUCGUCGGCGUCUUCGUUGUUGAUCAGGGGGAGAAAGAGUUCCAGGGGCAGUGGCAGCAGCAGGGACGGGGAAACGGGCUGGAACAAUGGAUCGAAAUCGGGCGGCUUGGGCGCGGGGGGUUCCUCGUACUCCAGAUCGGGGUCGAAGGGUUUGCUGGCGAUGGGGGCGUCGCUUUUGUCCGGAGAGAGGAAGACCGGCCUGGCGGCGUUGGGGUCGAAGGGCACCCCGGCGAAGACGGCACGAAGAGCAUUACUGCAAGAGACGAAGCAGAAGAGGACUAGCGAGAGCAAGCCCCGACAGGGUAUCUUCGAGACGUUGCGCCAGGGGGCGCCGUCGACCAGAGCUCCGGGCGGGAGGCGCGACAAGAGCACGGCGGCGGGGGGCGGGCGGCGGCAGGAAGAGCAACAACGACAACAAGAAGCAGUAGUAGUCGUGCCGUCCCAAGGUCGGAGCGAAGAAGGGGCGAACGCAGCAGGGGGCGGGGGAGGGGGAGGGACGGACGGGCUGCUUGACGGGGUGGAUGGCGUCGAGGAGGUGGAGGACGACGCUUCGGACAGCGAUGACGACGAGGAACCGGACUUCUGGAGCAAGUACGGGGUGAUCGACCAAGACGCCCUGGACGAGGACGCCGAGAUUGAGAUCUAAGCUUAGCAAUCCUUCGUUCGCGGGUUUCCAGUGGAAGGAGGGGGGAUGGUGUGUGGGGAGGUGGCGUGAUACGAUCCAUGCUUUUAGGCUCUGUUGGUGGGGCAAGGGGGAGGUAGUUGGUUGGUGUGGCGGCUCUCUACAACGGUAAUUCUGUGCGCCUGUGAGCGAGAGGGGCCGUGGGGGCUCUCGGCAUGUGUCUUGGGC